AUGACUGAUUUACAAGAUCGCGAACCAAGCAUUAUAAUCAACGGUAACUUAAAUCCUGAAGAAGAAGAUACCUACGAAGGAACCGUUGUCGAUGAGCAAGAAGAACAAUAUGAACAUGAACAACAUGGGGAAGAAGGUGUUGAAGAAGAAAAACCAAAGAAGAAGGUGGCAUUCACUGGGUUAGAAGAAGAUGAAGAAGAACAAAGAAAACGUGAAUUCGAAGAAGGUGGCGGGUUACCUGAACAACCUGAAAACCCUGAUUUUUCUCAACUAAAUCCAUUAUCUGCAGAAAUCAUCAACAGACAAGCAACUAUUAAUAUCGGUACCAUUGGUCAUGUCGCACACGGUAAAUCUACUGUCGUUAGAGCCAUUUCAGGUGUUCAAACCGUUCGUUUCAAAGACGAAUUGGAACGUAAUAUUACUAUUAAAUUGGGUUACGCCAAUGCCAAGAUUUAUAAAUGUCAAAAUCCUGAAUGUCCGGAACCAGAUUGUUAUAGAUCUUUUAAAUCUGAUAAGGAAAUCUCACCUAAAUGUCAAAGACCAGGUUGUGAAGGUCGUUAUAAAUUAGUACGUCACGUUUCAUUCGUCGAUUGUCCAGGUCACGAUAUCUUAAUGAGUACUAUGUUGUCAGGUGCAGCAGUCAUGGACGCCGCUUUACUAUUAAUCGCCGGUAAUGAAUCUUGUCCACAACCACAAACUUCAGAACAUUUAGCAGCUAUUGAAAUUAUGAAAUUGAAACAUGUUAUCAUUUUACAAAAUAAAGUCGAUUUAAUGCGUGAAGAAAGUGCAUUAGAACAUGAAAAAUCCAUUUUGAAAUUUAUCAGAGGUACCAUUGCUGAUGGUGCUCCAAUUGUCCCUAUCUCGGCGCAACUUAAAUAUAAUAUUGACGCCGUUAAUGAAUUCAUCGUUAAGACUAUUCCAGUCCCACCAAGAGAUUUUAUGGUCUCUCCACGUUUGAUCGUUAUUCGUUCCUUCGAUGUUAACAAACCAGGUGCAGAAAUCGAUGAUUUAAAGGGUGGUGUCGCAGGUGGUUCUAUCUUAAACGGUGUCUUCAAAUUAGGUGAUGAAAUUGAAAUUAGACCAGGUAUCGUUACUAAAGAUGAUAAGGGUAAAAUUUUAUGUAAACCAAUUUUCUCAAAUAUUGUCUCAUUAUUUGCAGAGCAAAAUGAUUUGAAAUUUGCCGUUCCAGGUGGUCUUAUUGGUGUUGGUACAAAAGUGGAUCCAACUUUAUGUAGGGCAGAUCGUCUUGUCGGUCAAGUCGUUGGUGCAAAGGGUCAUUUACCAAGCAUUUAUACAGAUAUUGAAAUUAAUUAUUUCUUACUGCGUCGUUUGUUAGGUGUUAAGACGGAUGGUCAAAAACAAGCUAAGGUCAGAAAAUUAGAAGCAAACGAAGUGUUAAUGGUUAACAUCGGAUCUACAGCUACUGGUGCUCGUGUUGUUGCUGUCAAAGCUGAUAUGGCAAGAUUACAACUUACAUCUCCAGCUUGUACAGAAGUGAAUGAAAAGAUUGCCUUAUCUAGACGUAUCGAAAAGCAUUGGCGUCUGAUCGGUUGGGCCACUAUCAAAAAGGGUACUACUCUAGAACCGGUGGCUUAA